AAUUGUAACAAUUGUAUUAUUUAUCUGUCCCAUCUUUCUUGAGAUCCUAAAAUAGAAGUUUCUGUCUGGUCAAAAAAACAAACAAACAAAAAAAAUAGUUCACGCAACCUAGCACAGUCUUUUUCUUCUUUUGUUUUUACAUUUAUAUAAAGCAACUAGCUUUCAGUUGCUAAAAAAUACAUUUGUUUCAUAUUUGAUUGGUUUGUACAAUAGGGGCAGGAUUUUCAGAUCAUCUUCCUCAAGUUUGUCCUGUGGCUUCUGGAUAAUUGCACACUUUAGAGAAAAUCUCUUGUCCACUGCAAAAGUGAACCAACUGGUCUUAGUUUCAUGUUUGUCUCAAGCAAUAAUCGACAGGCUUUCUUUUCUCCCUCGGGGUGUGUGCUAGACGUCAGGGACAUCUUUCUGACAAAGUCAAUUUAAAUCAAUCAAUAAAACAAAAAAAAUAUGUACCUUUGCUGCUCAGGGUGGAAGGUAUAGCACUCCUGCCUUACUGCCACAAUGUCUAAGGUUCAAACCUGGUCUGUAAAUGGUGGUCUUAAUGUGCGGAGGUAGGCUGUUUUCCCUCCUUAGGUUAAUUGUUCACAUAAUGACUAUAGAUGUAUAAAUGAGAACAAAUGAUUGUUUGGUGAAAGUACCAGCUGCUGCCGCUCUGACAGGUCAGAAUUAAUUGAAAAGUCUUUGGGGAAGGUGUUAAAGACGUAUAUUGAAUGAUCAAUUAAUGGGUUCAAUUAUGUGAAAAAAUAUCUCCUGUUUUCUUUGACUAUGUUGUUUGAUGUUGAUGAGUAAGAGCAGGAAAAAGCAAGUACACAAACAGUUAGAUAAGCUCUUCGAAGAGAGAGAAAACAGACCCAGCUUUAGACAAAAGAGGCAGAUGACAGACAUGUAGAGAACCUGUCAGACAGGGAACAUUUCAACCCGAGGGCUAAAUUCUGUAGCUAAGAAAGCACCUCUUUACAAGUGUUAAACCUAUGGACAGAAAACAUAGAUGUGAUAAAAGACAUUUAACUUCCCAUUAUGAAAUCAAAUCAUAUAUAAGCUUGGAUAUAUAUUUAUACGGCUCUUAUGGACUCUCCUGUCAUAAAGCCUCUCAGCACAUGUAACAGAGACAGACUGGACCUACAAGAGCACGGACCACACCCCACAAAAAGAAAAAAAUGCAGUUUUUAACCUGUGUACCUGUCAAUCACAAAGCCCUUCAAUGUUUUGAACAGUAUCUCAUGUACACAUGCUCUGGACUAGUUUCUAAAGAGGGACAAAACUGCACAGACAGUUGGAAUGGCUGUUCGACUCCUUCUGCCUGUUGUCUUUCUCGUCUCUGUCCCUCUGGUUAAAGCUGCUCCGCAGCCAAACAUCGUCUUUAUCAUGGCUGAUGACUAUGGCUGGCACGAUAUUGGAUACCACCGCUCAGAGAUCCACACUCCUCACCUGGACGAGUUGUCAGCCAGCGGGGUUCGUCUGGAGAGCUACUACGUUCAACCAAUCUGCACCCCCUCCAGGAACCAGCUCAUGACCGGCAGGUACCAGAUCCACACAGGCAUGCAGCACCACACCAUCUGGCCCUGUCAGCCAUACUGUGUUCCUCUGGAGGAGAAGCUCCUGCCUCAGUACCUGAAGGAGGCAGGAUACAGUACUCACAUGGUGGGGAAGUGGCACCUGGGCAUGUACAAGAAGGACUGUCUGCCCACCCGCCGGGGAUUUGAUUCAUUCUUUGGAUUCCUGACAGCCUACAAAGAUUACUACUCCCACAUACGCUGUCACUACAUUACUGCUCUGAAAAAGUAUCCCUGUGUCAUGGACCUGAUGGAUGGAGAAGAAUUUGUCCCCCAUUACUAUGGAGCUUAUUCCACUCAGCUGUUUGCCCAAAAGUCAAUCAGCGUCAUAGAAAAACACGACUCUGACAAGCCACUCUUCCUCUACCUAGCACUGCAGGCUGUUCACGGGCCCCUCCAAGUACCAGAGCACUACACAGAACCCUACAGUUUUAUCAGCGAUCCCAGUCGUAGGAUCUAUGCUGGGAUGGUGUCGGCCAUGGAUGAGGCCGUGGGCAGCGUCACCAUGGCUCUGCACAGGACGGGACUUUGGAACAACACAGUGCUGGUGUUUACAACUGAUAAUGGAGGUCAGACCUUUUCUGGUGGCAGCAACUGGCCUCUCCGUGGCAGGAAGGGAACACUGUGGGAGGGUGGAGUCAGAGGAGUUGGAUUUGUCGUCAGCCCACUCCUGAAAAAACCGAGAACUGUCAGCCAUGAACUAAUGCACAUCUCCGAUUGGCUGCCUACAUUUAUUGAACUGGCAGGAGGGAAUUCCCAACCCCCCAGACUCCUGGAUGGAUUCAACAUGUGGCCCACAAUCAGUGAUGGAGUUGCUUCUCCAAGACAGGAGCUCCUGCACAACAUCAACCCUCUCCAUAAGACUAAUUUGCCAUGUCCUGGCAGGUACUCUUCCAGGACUUUGGACGAGGAGUACAAUGUAGACCUCUGGACCAACUCUGGCUUUAAUGUGUCCUUUCGAGCUGCCAUUCGAUUCUCCAAGUGGAAGCUGCUGACUGGUGACCCAGGAUGUGACCACUGGUUCCAUCGUCCAGGGUUCUAUAACUCCAUAUUCUACAGGGAGCCCCUGAGGCCUGUAAUGCUGUUUGACAUACCUAAUGAUCCAGAAGAAAGGAACGACCUAGCGGACAAGUAUCCCAGUGUGGUAGCUUUUCUCCUCAGGAGACUUGAAUACUAUCAGAAAACUGCCUUGCCAGUGAAUUUCCCAGAAGAGGACUCUAGGUGUGACCCACAGGACAGUGGAGCCUGGGGACCCUGGGCUUAGACGGACACCACAGUGGUGAAGGUGGUAAUGAAUGUGGACUGCUGUUGACGCUGCUUCAAAAAAAUGUUUAAAAUGUAACUAUGUCUUUCUAAAUGAUUUUUGAUACACAUGAUCAUCUCUUGUUUGUGGGUUCACACACACACAGGCUACAUUUCACAGUAGUGGUAGGCAGAUCACUCCAUGACUCCCUACGACGACUGCGCGAAUACAAGAAUAUUUGCAUAAAACACACACACACACAUACAUAUAUACUUUGUGACAU